GAGAGACUUGUCGAAUCAGUGAAUCGCUUUUUCAUCUUUCUUACUCUCUGUGCCAUUCUAGGAAUUUUUCUUAUCUCUCUCUCUCUCUCCCUCUCUCUCUCUCUCUCUCUCGAUCUAAAGUAUAGCUUUUAAGUUUUUUCGAGAAAUAUAAAAGUUCGGACAAACAUACCUAGACCUAUAUGAAAAUUUUACGAAUAAUUGGAAUUUCAGUCAAACGAUAUUAGUGACCGAGGUAUUAAAGUAUUGAUAGGUAAUAUUUAUUAAGCUGAAUUCAGAAGUAGUUAGUGUAAAUAAGCAGAUUGACGGAAAUUUAGAAAAUUUCGGAAAACGACCGAAUUAGUAUUUGGUGAAUCAUCGACGGAAAAAGUAGAACUUGAUUGUUUUCAGAGUGGAAAGUCGUAAAUAGUACGGAUAUUAACCAGUCUCACUUCGACGCUUUACAGCACAGUUAUAGUGCAAAAAGGUAUUAAAAUCAAAUAACUUUUGUAACAAGAUGGAAUAUAUAAUUUUCCUGAUAUCCAAGUGACAAACUGAAAUAAUUAGCUUAAAAUGAUGUAUUUUUACACUUUAAAACUCAAUUGAAGUAUUAGAGCUCUUUAAAAAUUAGAAAUACAUGUAGCAAGCUCAGAUGUGAAUGCAAUCGAAUAUGGCUCUGCCCAGUUGGGGCAAGUGCUAUGCCGUUAUAGUGCCUAUAUUUCUGUUAUUCCUAGUCGGUUUGUUCUAUACCGGCUAUGCAUUUCGCAUACGCGACCAUGCAGCUCCUACGAACUUGGAUGUCUGUACUUCCGAAAGGUGUUCGGUGCCGAAGCGAGGAUUUGAGACGGCCAGCGUACGAGGGGGCUUUGCCAAGAUGCAACCACUUGGUCAAACGGAUGAAUUGAACAAGAAGGAUAAGCCAAAGUGGUCAAAAUUAAAUAAAGUGGAAAAUAUUAACGAUGAUGGUGAUAAUGAAAUUGAUAGUGAUGAUGAAAUUGUUAAAAUUGAAGUGGAAGAUGAUGGGAUCGUUGUGAUUGAUGAACGUGAAAAGUUGAGACUGGAGGAGAAAAAGAAUAAAGAAUAUUUAGAAAGUGAAGAGCAGAGAAAGAAGGAAAAACAAACUGAACGAUUGAGGAAAGAAGAGAAAGAGCGACAGAGAAAAGAGGAAGAGGAACGAUUGAGGAAGCAAGAAGAAGAGCGGCGAAAAAAAGAGGAGGAAGCACGAUUGAGGAGGGAAGAGGAAGAAUAUCGAAAAAAUGAAGAAGCAGAGCGAUUGAGGAGAAAAAAAGAAGAACAACAUAAAAAAGAAGAAGAGCGAUUAAGAAGGGAAGAAAAUGAGCGACGUCGAAAAGAGGAAGAAGAGCGAUUAAGAAAAGAAGAAGAUGAGCGACGUAAAAAAGAGGAAGAAAAUCGGUUAAGAAGGGAAGAAGAGGAACGAAAACGACGUGAAGAAGAAGAACGCUUGCAGGAAGAGGAGGAAUGUCGCCUUAAAGAGGAAGAAAACGAGCGUAAAAAACAAGAGGAGGAACGUCUAAGAAGAGAGAGAGAAGAACAAAAACAAAAAGAAAAACAAGAAGCUGAUAGAAAGCGAAAAGAAUUAGAAGAAUUAGAAAUUGAGAAAAAAAGAAAAGAAGAAGAAAACAAAAAAAAAGUUGCAAGAUUAAAAAAAGAAGCUGAAGUACAAAAAUUGAAGGAGAUUGAAGAAAAAAAGAAAAGGUCUAAACCGAUAAACGAUGACGAUGAUGCCGAAAAUGGAGACGCUAUGGACGUACCCUCUAAAAGUAAAAAAAUAAUCGAGAAAAUGAAAGCUAUCGACAGGACUGAGGCUAAACCAAAAUUAAAAAAUGACAAUCAGUCAACAUCUAAAACUAUUACGAAAAAGCCGUCAUCUGAUAAUUCUAAAUCCAAAGCAAAGAAAGAUGCAGACACGGUAUCGCUUAGACUAGCCGAGCUUAACGACAUAAUUCUAAGCGUGCCGACCUUUGUGCCAAAUUUUACAGCCGUCCAAGAUCCAGCCUGUCAGCAACAUGGCAAAAUAUUUCUACGGCAGCUGCGAGGCUACAAACUCUGGGCCCUCCAAAUGCUGGACUCAAGCGCAAAGAUUCCCUCGGGUUUAUUAAGGGGGAACGUCAAUCAACUGGGUGACUUCGACCAAUGUCUCGAGGUGUUGGCGCGCGUAAAGAUUGACGAAAAAACAGUUAAAAUACAAGGAAAGUAUUGCCUGGCUAGCAUGGAUAUAUACGCCUUGCAUCAAGCAGCUAAAUUGCCUGUCAAUCUGAUGCAGGGCCGUGCUUUGAUCAGGGGAAACAUGCGCGACCCGGGUCACUUUGUGCCAAAGUUCACGACCAUCAAUUGGGCUCUUUGUUUGCCAGCUGUGUGCACCGCUCAAGAUGCACGCAAAUCGAUUGAAAAUGCACUUGGCUCUUACAAUAUGACGAUAGGAAUGAAAUUCAUGGUGGACGUUGAUCCUGAUAUGUGUUACGUCAAGCCAAAAGUACAAAGUUAUACGAAAGAAACUAUUGGAGUACUAUAUUUCUUUGUUUUUUUUAUAUGUUUGGCGAUUGCUGCUACUUUCAGAGAUUAUUUUAUAACUUUACAAGAUAAAGGGUCUUAUUCAGAAAGGAUAAUAAUGUCUUUUUCUUUAAAGAGAACUGUCAAAGCUUUAUUUGCAAAUAAUGAAGCGAGUUCCUCUGAUAUCGGGUGUAUACACGGUAUAAGAUCCUUAGCGACCAUUGUUUUGUACGCAGCUCAUAAGUUGAUUCCAAUGUCGAGAAUGCCUUAUGCCAAUCGCAUAUCACUUACUGAGAUAGCUAAUCAUCCCCUUAGCACAAUACUUCGAACUUCUUUAGUAUACACUGAUUCCUUUUUACUACUGAGUGGCGUGUUGACAGCAUACAAUAUGGCAAAAGAAUUAGAAAGUCGUGGAGAAAUUCGUUGGUUUUGUCGUUUGAUUGCAAGAUACGUGAGAUUAACGCCUUGUUUAAUAGUCGUUGUAUUCUGGUACGCUUACGUGAUGGAAUAUAUUGGAUCGGGACCUCAGUGGAAUGCGGUUGUUAAAUCAAAUGCCGAUAUUUGCAAGGAAAAUUCAUGGAUUAAUUUACUUUACGUACAAAACUAUUUUCCAUUCGAGGAAAUGUGUGCAACUCACACUCAUCAGCUAGCUCUUGAUAUGCAGCUAUUUCUCGUUGCGCCGGCAUUAGUGUUUUUCCUGCUAAUUAAACCAAUUGUAGGUAUUAUUAUUGUUUUCUUUUUGUUGCAAAUAUCUGCAACGUUAAGAUAUUUGGCUACGUCAAACAAUAAUUUAUCGCUCGUAAUCUUUCAUGGAAUGACAUUGAAACACUUAUACAAAACAGCUAAUUUAACUUAUACACUACCACUGCAUCGUGCUACACCUUACCUCUUUGGAGUAAGUCUUGGAGUUCUCUUGCAUUGUACAGGGAGAAAUCUACGAUUGCACAAGAUUUUUGCUCUGUUCGGAUGGUUGAUGGCUUUAGCUCUAGGAUCCUGGUCACUAUUUUCUCCGUGGCGUUUAGCUAAAAGAGAUUACACGUAUGAUGUUGAACAAGCGACAUAUUAUGCUGUUAUUAGUCCCAUUUUAACGGCCCUAGCGUUAUGCUGGGCAAUAUUUGCUUGUUUUACAAAUAGUGGGGGCAUUAUCAAUAGAAUAUUAUCAAAUCAUUGGAUGGUCGUUUUCAGUAGGCUGUCUUAUGCCAUUUACUUGACGCAAUUUGCUGUAUUUUUCUAUAAUGUUGGUACAGUCCGCUAUGCUUCUGAUUUUCAAUCAUUCAGAACUAUUGAUUUACAUGAGGCAAUCAUUGUCAUAUCUGUAUCAGUUGUAUUGACAUUGCUAUUUGAUAUUCCUAUGCAAGAAGUAAAAAACAUUAUUAUGGAAUGUAGUGAUACGCUUGCUGAAAUUGAAGCCGACAAGUCUACAGAGAACCAUCUGCACCAACAAAUUUGUAAUAUCGGGCAUAAAACUUCUAAAGAUACAACUCUAGAUGAUGACGAAGAAUGCGCUCCAGGAGGAUGGAAUUGGAAUCGCGGCGUAUUUACAAAAUCAGUUCGACCAGAACCACGCGAAUAUGAAGAAAAUGGCAUUGAAGAAUAUAGAAGCUCUCGGAUUAAAAGACAAGAUAUCAGAAGACAAUCUAUGAUCAGAUCUGAAGAUUAUGAAGAAUGGGAUGGUCGAAAUAUCAGCAGGCGGACUUCGAGAUUUGAAGAUGACGGUAGAACAAGCAGAAGCGAUUAUAGAUUGAGUGAUGCUGGAUUAGAAGAUUUACCUUCUGAAAGUUACAUACAUCCGAGAGAAAGAUAUUAUUCUAGAGGGUAUUCUAGAUCUCCCAUGAAAGAUCUUGAUACUCCACUAUCUCGACGGUCCGUUUCAAGAGAACGGCCAUUGCCAAAAGAGGAAGAUAUUUCUAGAGAGUAUAAUAGACGACCUUUGAUAACUAUAAGUAAGGAAGAAGAUUAUCAAAGUCCUCGUUCUCCAAGAUCCUUUAUGUCUCGAUUCAAUGACAAUCAAAGAUCUUUAUCUUCUGAAAGUGAAGAUCCUAUAAGCAACCGUCGAAGUAGUGGUAAUUAUAGUCGUCGAUUAUCUGCAGAACCUAGAGUUGCUGAUGAGGAUGACUGGGGAGAAAACUUACCUAUUCAUAGAAACCGAUUUAUUGAUAAACGGGUUAGUUCUCAGGAACGUGAACGAAUGCCUUCAUCUGUAGAAGAGGAAGAUAAUAACCAGUGGAGUUCACUGAAACGGCGAUCUUCUGCUGAAGGAAAAAUGGCUCUUCUAAAAGAACCAUUCCGACCAGGGAAUAUGGAGCUGUGGACUGUUUCCAAAAUGGCACUUGGUUCAUCUCAAGAACCCGACGAAGAAGACGAAGAAGUAUAUUUACAACAAAGGCGAGAGUAUAGAGAACAAGAGCCACCUCUGAGAGAGGAAUUUGAAGGUGAAGAUGAUGACUCGAGCAGACGAAGAAGUUUUGCGAGUGAAAGUUUGCCAACUUCUUUUGACGAAGAAGAAGACAGCAAUAGUAAUGAAUUUUCUUUAAGCAAAGGUACAAGAAACUUACAUGUUACCGUCCAAGAUCUUAGCAAAUUGUCAGCUGAAGAUGAUACUACUAUGAACGACAAAUGGAAUAAGCUAGAUAUUAAAUCUGGGUUAUUUAAAAGAGAAUCCAUAGUCAAGAGUCAAGCAAGCGAAGAAGAUCCAGAGUAUUUAUUGCCAGAGCGACCCAAGUUGAUAGAGCAAGAACAAGAGCAUCCAUUUAAAAAAGCGUGGCAAAUGCAAAAGUCUAGAUCCGAAGAAGAAGGCUCAGCUGCGUUUAUUAUUAAAGAACAAACAAAAGUUUCAUCAUCUUUGGAAAAACAGAAAGAAGAAUCAGAGGAAAAAUCUGAAAAUGAGAAUUUAAAUAAAACUGGAGAGCAGGAAAUUGACAUUCCUGAACCAGACGUCAAAUGUGAAGUAACUCUAGUUUGGCAGCCACGUAAUACCGAUUUCGAAGAUACUAAAAGUAGUACAAAAUCUACGUCUUCAACAUCUUCUGCACACAUCACUUGGCCCGAUGAAGAAGAACAAUUCGAAAAUUAUCGAAACAGAAGAAAAUCUGAUGAAGAAAAUUGGAUGUGGUCUGAAAAACAUACUUGACUGAGAAAGUG